CCAACAGCUCUUUUUUUUUUCUGAGGGAGGACUCGAAGGAUUAAAAGGGAGCAACUUCUGAGGCGAUUUGUCCCCUGAGUUAUGGAUGUUGGUGCACUUACUUCAGGCCAGAUCAGAGCUCAGAGGGAUCUAACCAGAAGCAGCAACCACCGGCUCUCCACUUGCCUUUUACCAGGUUUUACUCUUCCAGUAUGUUUCAUUCGAUAAGACAUUUUCCAGCGCCCAGAGUUUCAGUACAAUGUGCAAAUGGAUACUGACAAAUGGUGCCUCAGCCUUUUCCCACCUGCCUUGUUGCUGCUUGCUGCUGCUCUUCUUGGUGUCUUCUGUGGACCUCGGCCAGGACAUGCUGUCCCCGAAGGCCACCAACUCUUCUUCAUCAUCCUCCUCCUUCCCCUCGUCCUUCUCCUCUCCUUCCAGUGCGGGGAGACACGUGCGGAGCUACAAUCACCUCCAAGGAGACGUGCGCAAGAGGAAGCUCUACUCUUACAACAAGUACUUUCUCAAGAUCGAGAAGAACGGCAAGGUCAGCGGCACCAAGAAGGAGAACUGCCCCUUUA